AUGCGGCGGCAGCAGGGCAAGCGACUCGAUGACAGAUACGUUCCGUACUUGCAGAUGGCCGGACUAUACCAUCUUGCAAGGCUGAACGACAGAUGGUUCCGGUUAGACGAGGCCCUAGACGUGGCAUACCAGUUGGGUUUGCCGGUGGACGGGCGUUACGUGAGUGGUUGCCUAUUAGAGUUCCAGAUAUACAUCCAGGGUGGCCGUUCAGCCUGGGUGUGGUUUCAGGAGUUGCUUGGGGUGACUCCUCCUCCCAGUCAGGUUCAGAAGUACGCAGUGAACUGUAGCUUGUUCCAGGAGACCUUUGGUGAGUGCCCCGACGGAGCCGAUGACGAGACUGUGCGGAGAUAUGUCCGUGCGUACAUCAUGAUGUUGUUGGGUACGCAGCUGUUUGCGGACAAGUCAGGCAACCGCGUUCACAUCAGAUGGCUUCCCUAUGUAGCUAGGCUGGAGGAGAUGGGUACCUAUAGCUGGGGUUCUGCGGCACUAGCAUGGUUGUACCGGUGCAUGUGCCGAGUGGCGAACAGACAUGUGGUCAAGUUAGCGGGCCCACUUCAGCUACUUCAGUCUUGGAUCUUCUGGCGAUUUCCUCUGUUUAGGCCUGCAGGGUAUGAGACAUUCAGCUGGCCGUUGGCCUCGAGGUGGUCAGGUUACAACCCUUCCGGUAGCGAGAAGGGUCCUAGAGUGCAGAUGUGGAGGCUGAGGAUAGACCGGUUACAGGACAGGGAGUUUAUCUGGAUGCCGUACAGCAGCCCCGACGUACUUCAGGUUGUGCAUCCAGAGGCAUUGGAGCAUCGGCAUAUGGCGUUGUGGCGGUCUGUGACGUCGCUGAUCUACUUUGCCGUCAUAGAGUGGCAUCAGAUAGAUAGGGUGCUUCCGCAGUUCGGAGGGGUGCAGCCCGUCCGGGUCCCGCCCUGAACAUCGACUUUCUGAUGUCGAAGGAUGGCAGAGGCGGUGAUAGAUGGUUCCCGUACCACUUGCAGAAGUGGCAUCUCUAUUGGGAGUCCCGUGCGGAGACCGUGCUGAGGUUCGAUGUUGUUGCC